AUGGCUGGUGACUCUGUAAGGCAAUCUUCUUCGGUGAAAGCAACCAUUGAUAGAACUCAGUCUACUACCAUAAUCCCAACUCAAUAUCUCAACAAAACCUAUGCCAAAUUGUCUCGUGCUCGACUCAUGAGGAUUCGAGAAAUACUUUCCAAAGCUAGCAAAGGAAUCCAAUCCAUCACUUAUGAUCUUCAGUUUAUUAAACACUUGUGCGACCAAUUCGCUGUUGCUGGCUCACCACUAGACGAUGAUGAGAUCGCUCUACAUGUUUUUAAUGGUCUUCCCUCUAAGUACAAAGGCCUGACAUAUUUUCUCUAUUCUCGAGACACACCUAUAUCAUUUGAUGAAAUUUAUGCAAAGCUCGUUGACUACGAAAUAACUUUAUUUCAUGAUGGUCCAUUGCUAUCAACUCCAAUAGUUGCUAACUUCACUCAGCAACCUAGUGGCUCACAAAAUAGAAAUCAAAAGAAAGGUCAGUAUUACUCUAAUGCUCGACCAAGCAAUCAGAAUUUCAGCAGAUUUAAUUCUAGAGGCAAAUCCUCAAAUCAACUCCCUAAUUUUGUUUUUCGGCACAGUGAAAAACUGGGCAUGUUGUCCAGAAAUGCCAAAAACUAA